GGGGGAACAGCUACACUUCAAAAACAAGCUUCAACCUGCUCCUCCUCGCUACGAUGCUCUCAAGGAAACUGUAUACAGGGCUCUCUACUCGGCGGUGCUUCUCAAGCUAUGGCUUUGUCGGACUCGGCAGGAUGGGAGCAGGCAUGGCACGCAACUUGAGGGCAAAAAUCGAACCUGGUGCGACGCUCAAGAUUUACGACCUGCACAGAGCUGCGUGUGAUACCUUGGCCAAGGAAGUGGAGGGAAUCGAUGUUGUGAGCUCUGUCUCUGACCUGCAGCAAGCGGUAGCCUCAUCGAUGUCUACAGACCAAGACUAAUACCAGGAAUGUGUGAUCACCAUGCUACCCAAUUCUGAACACGUCGAGGCAUGUUUCGCAGAUGGCCUCGGUGCGGCAAACAAGAAAGACCGGCUCUUCAUUGAUUGCUCGACCAUUGAUCCUUUCCGGUCAGGUGCGCUCGCAAAACAACUCGCAGACAAGGGUAUGGGUCGAUUCGUGGAUGCUCCUGUAUCUGGUGGUGUCAAAGGUGCCUCUGGUGGUACACUCUCCUUCAUGGUAGGGAUGCCUUCCAAGGAGACAGAUCCACGCGUCGAGCAAGUCUUGUCAAAAAUGGGCGCGAGUAUACAUUAUUGCGGUAAAGCAGGAGCAGGUCUAUCUGCAAAGCUCGUCAACAACUAUCUUCUAGGUCUGAACAACAUUGCCACUGCAGAAGCUAUGAAUAUGGGGCUCAAGCUUGGACUGAAGCCUAGCGUGCUGGGUCAGGUCAUUAAUUCAAGUACAGGCAAGUGCUGGCCCUCAGAGAAGAACAACCCGGUGGCAGGCAUCGUCCCUGGUGCACCAGCAGAAAAUGACUUUGAAGGGGGCUUUGGCAUUCAGUUGAUGCUGAAGGAUCUGGGUCUAGCACUUGCGGCUGCCGAGGGAGCUGGUGUCCAUCUUGGGGCCAAGGACUAUGCGCUAGACAUUUACCAAAAAGUGGCCACGCAGUACCCAAACAAGGACUUUGGUGUUUUGUUCAAGCACUACGAGGCGAUGUCGAAGUAGAUAUGUCUAGAUGAGGCUGUGUAGAUGUAUUUCUGAACUUCAGUUCAAGGUUGAAGAUAUUAGUUCGUACACUAUUACUA